AUGGCAGAAGAUCGAAGCUUAGAGGUGCGAGCAGUUGCGGCGGUCUUCCUCGCAUUGGCUACAGUGGCUACGGCUCUCCGAUGCUAUGUACGCCUGGCGAUUGUGAAGGCGUUCGGCUGGGAUGAUGCCAUCAUGUUAUUGGCGUUGGGAUUCUUUGGCAUGUUUUCCGGGUGCAUGAUCGGAGGAAGCUUAUACGGGACCGGAAGGCACCUCACGGAACUUACGAAUGAUCAGAGAACAACCGCCAUGGAGUACUGGUUCUUAUGCGACGUUGCCUACUGCCUCUCGUCUAUCCUAUGCAAGAUCUCCGUCGGCAUAUUCCUCCUGCGUGUCACCGUGCACAAAGUUCAUCGCAUGGUGGUUUAUGCGGUAACCACGUUGGCGGUGGUAUUUGGGUUGAUGUUUUUGAUCCUCCUUCUCGCCCAGUGUAAACCGGUGAAGUUUUUCUGGAUGCGAUUAUCCACGGAAAACCCAGUUUCCGGGUCCUGCAUCAACAUGACUGUAAUCAUCGUGGCUCUGUAUAUCUUCAGCGCGGUGUCCUUUAUCUUUGACCUCACUGUGGGGGUUCUGCCCGUCUUCGUCGUGCGCAAUUUGCAGAUGCGUCGCGAUCUAAAGUAUGCCGUCGCCGGUCUUCUCGGCAUGGCUUGCAUUGCUUCCGUCGCGGUUCUGGUCCGGAUGGCAUAUGUCGAGACACUUCGGGACCCAGAUUUCCUAUACGCCACUGUUGGUAUCGCCGUGUGGUCCAACAUUGAGACCGGCCUGGGAAUCUUUGCCGGUAGUCUGGCAACCCUCCGCCCUCUACUACGAAUGAUCCGCCCGGGAACUGGUCGAUCAUAUAAUAAAAAUACCCCCUCAACUCCUGGAUCACGUACGUGGCACAACUCAUCGUUCCAGCGGAGCAACGCCCUGCCGUUGUCUUCUCUCACGACAGAAGAAGAGCGACAGCAUAGGCUGAAAGGAAAUGUGCGUGCCGGUACACCCAUCGAGGCUGGACCGGGGAUGUCGUCGUCGAGUGUUGCAACUGAAGAUGAUAUUUCAGAUCACGAAUUGAUCCUACCCAAGGAUUCAGCAGACUACCAGUAUCAGAUCAACGUGCGGCGUGACUUUCACAUCACGAGCAGCGAAAGCCCUGUUUGA